AUUUCUUGUGGGCUUUGGCUUUUCUUCUUCUCGAGACUUCUUACUUUAAUAGUGGUCGCGUAACUCACUGUGUGUGUAAUGUAAUGUUGUGUUAAUAUUAAAAACCGAUAUAAUACAAGUUUUACAGUGAAAUAGACUUACUUAACUAGUUUAUAUUACUCAACUGAAGAAUCAUGCCAGACGCAGGCGUGUGUGCCGUUUGCUCGUCAGCAGCAGAGCAGAAGUGCUCGAACUGUCAGUCGGUUCAUUACUGCUCCAGAGAACAUCAGAAACAACACUGGAAAUCUCACAAGCACACCUGCGCUCCGGUCAGAGUGAACGUGGAUCCAAAACUAGGAAGAUACGUGGAAGCCGCUAAAACCAUUAAAGUUGGGGACAUCAUCUUGAAAGAAGUUCCGUUAAUCACGGGACCUGCACAGGUGACACCAGCUGUGUGUCUUGGUUGCUACAAACUGCUAGAACAGUUGAAGACGGUGCAGUGUGAGCUGUGUGGGUGGCCCUUCUGUUCUGAAGAGUGUACGACCUUGGACGUCCACAAGCCUGAGUGUCACUACACUCAACAACGCGGUGAUAAGGUUACAAUAACAAAUUAUGGCGAUCCUCACCCCAACUACCAGUGCAUCACGGUGCUGCGGUGUCUGUACCAACGUGACCACAACCAGAUCCUGUGGGAGAAGCUGCAGGCACUGGAGUCCCAGUGCGAGGCGAGGAGAAGAACGCCCAAGUGGCAGAGUGAUAAGAAAAUGAUUGCUGACUUUAUAUGCAAUUUCUUUAAGCUAGGAAAAUUGUUUAGCGAAGAUGAGAUAAUGAAGUGCUGUGGAAUAAUUCAGAUGAACGGCCACGAAGUACCUCUGGUGGAACCUGAAUACAUCUGUAUUUUCGAGACAAUUUCUGUGGUAGAACACAACUGCAAAGCAAACAGUAAUAAAAGUUUCACGUCUAAUGGGAGCAUGCUUCUGUGCGCCGCCGUGGACAUUGCCCCGGGCUCGCACGUGACGGCUUGUGCGACGGAUCCCAUGUUGGGCACAGAGUCUCGCCGCCACCAGCUUGCGGAAUCCAAGUUCCUGGAGUGUUCGUGCGAGAGGUGUUCUGAUGUGACCGAGUACAACACAAUGUUCAGCGCUGUCAAGUGCAAGAAGAAAGACUGCAGCGGAUAUCUUCUACCAGAAACGUUCCUAGUUCCUAUCCUGGGUAUAACACAGUGUGGAGACAAAAAGAGCCCCAAUGACAACAGGUUUUGGAAUUGCUCCGUUUGUGAAGAUGCCGUGUCGGAUGGAAUCAUCCAGCGGAUGCUACAGGACAUCGCCAGGGAGUUGACCGUCACAACACAAGAGGGCCCUGAUGCUUGCGAAAGGCUCAUCAGCCACUGCGCAGGGUAUCUGCACCCCAACCACUACUACCUGGCGGAUGUAAGCCUGGCGCUGGCUCAGAUGAUCGGCCAGGAUGGCCUCAGAACACUCAGCGACGACCGGCUGCUGUUGAAGGCGCAGCUGUGCCGCAAGUAUGCCGACCUUCUUGAGACCUUGGCGCCAGCUGAGACCCGUCUUCGUGGCAGCUUGCUAUUCGAACUACACGCUGCCAUUGCCGAGAGUGGACACAGAAAGUCUUCCAAUGAAGGUGCCGUGGUCUUCUUCGGUCAUCUCACGGAAUCACGUAAAAUUCUAAUGGAGGCGAUAUCACUUCUCCGUCACGAGCCCCCAGAAUUGCCCGAGGGUCAGAUACUCCGGCAGGCCAGGGUCAACCUUAUGCAAAUAGAUGAACUCAUCUCAGCACUCUCCAAAGAAAUACCGUUGUCGAUUUAAAUUACUUAUUUAAAUAAAUAAACUGUUGGACUUUAA